CCUGAUUAUCCAAAACCUCUUCCAAAAGAGAUCGCCCUCACCAUCCUGGCAAACAAAGGUCCCAGAGUGCCAGAAAUUAUCAGGCUGCUGGACUGGACGGACCACCCUGACCACUUCGUCAUGGUCCUCGAAUGUCCCUCUCCCUGUGAGAAUCUUGUGGAGUUCAUCAGGCGCCACGGUGGAAGCCUCGACGAGGAGAAAACACGGCAGAUCAUGUGGCAGGCGGCUCAUGCAGCAAACAUGUGCCUCCUCCGUGGAGUGUUCCACCGUGACGUCAAACUAGAGAACAUACUGGUAAACAGGGAGACAUCCGAAGUCAGGCUGAUUGACUUCGGAUGCGGGGACAUUUUGAGGAGGACACCGUACAGGUCAUACUCUGGCACAGCAGUGUACUCCCCUCCAGAGUACCACAGCAGGGGGAAGUACUACGGUGGGCCAGCGACGGUCUGGUCACUAGGGAUUGUGAUGUUCGCAUUGUUGUGUGGACACUUCCCAAGUGACUAUGACCUGUUCCUGCUACAGUGCAAGCGCUGGUCCAAACCCGGCCUGUCAAAAGAAUGCUGUGACCUCCUCAGGGCUCUCCUGCACGAGAAGCCAAGCCAGAGACUUGGUCUGGGGCGAAUCAUGUCCCACAACUGGUUUAAGACCAUCUCUGUCCCACAGAUACCCGUCUCAGCAACCCUGGUCUCCGAGCUCCACAGUGUGUCUGUUCAGACCCAGGGUUUCUUGUCAAAAGCUGCACAAGACGUUAAAAAGCCAUUAUAGCAGCCACAGGAGGAGCUGACAUUGUUCUACAAGCUCCA